CCAAAAGGGAUUCCUCGACAAAACGGGAUAUAGUAUUUUGGUGUGACAUUAGAUCUCAUUAUCAGAUUUCCAAUAUGGCGAUGGAAAGUUUGGCUAAUUCUUUUCGUUCUUCGGUAAAUCGUCUCAAAGAUUUCAUUGGUCAUCGUUUUGGAC